CCUCCUGACCCAGGAACAGAAACAUCCUCUUAGCUGGCUGGCUGCUGGCACCCGGAAGCCAUCUCUCUGCAGCUUGCACACAGGGGACACCAGCUGCAGCAGGAGGAAGUUGGAGGGCGCUGUUUUUUGGGGGUGGGGUCUGAGGUGCUGUGUAUGCACCGCAUCCCCCUCUCCCUAAUCGGCAGGACCAGAGGGAGAGCCCUGUGGCUACAGCAGUUAAAGGCCCGCGGCUGGGGGGAGGUUGCCUUUCAGUGCAGUGGCAGGUGCUUGGUUUCCAGGGCAGGUUGCUGCCCUUAGUUUCCCCCGGGGAAAGGAGUGGGUGGGGUGUUUCCAGCAGCGAAGUGGUCCCAGGGAGAAUCCUCCAGCACAGCAGCAGCAGCAGCAGCAGCAGGAGCAGCCACCAUGGGAGCUGAGCAAAGUGCAGAAGCUGAGAACCGGCCAAAUGAUCUGAGCACUUCAGCAUCUCCUUCUCCAGCCAAGCAACGAGCUAAAAUGGAUGAUAUUGUGGUGGUGGCUCCAGGAACACAGUCCUCGCGGAACGUAAGCAAUGAUCCUGAUGUGAUAAAAUUGCAAGAGAUUCCAACUUUCCAGCCCCUUUUGACAGGACUGCUCAGUGGGCAGACUUCCCCUACAAACAGCAAAUUGGAGAAGCUGGACUCUCAGCAAGUGUUACAGCUGUGCCUACGAUACCAAGAUCACCUUCAUCAAUGUGCAGAAGCUGUGGCCUUUGAUCAGAAUGCUCUAGUGAAACGAAUCAAAGAGAUGGAUCUUUCAGUGGAAACUCUCUAUAGCUUCAUGCAGGAGCGCCAGAAAAGGUACGCCAAGUAUGCAGAGCAGAUCCAAAAGGUCAACGAGAUGUCUGCGAUCCUCCGCCGCAUACAGAUGGGCAUUGACCAGACGGUCCCUCUCAUGGAGAAGCUAAACAGCAUGCUGCCUGAAAGCGAGAGGCUGGAACCCUUCACCAUGAAACCUGACAGGGAGCUCAAGUUAUAGUCUCUCCAAACUCCCUUGCCUCACCUUCUCAUUCGAACAUUCAGCACAACGACACGCUUCCAGCACGCCCAACUGGCAGUCACUUGGAACAGACCGCUUUGCUGCCUGACUUUUUGCCAGGCUUUAAGAGGAAGAGCUGUCUCAGCUGCCAGAACUGUGAAUUGAAACAGUACAGCCAGGAAUAAAGGAGCUCCCUAUUAGGAUUGUUUGGAGAAGAAAAUUUACCCUUCUUUUAUCCCCAUAGCACCGCCAUCUGUGUUGAAACAUGUGCUUCAUUCCUGUAACUAGAUUCAGUCUCCAAGAGGAGCGAUUCCUCCACCUGAGCUUUUUAGAAAAAUUUCAAAGGGGGAUUGGGUGUAAUAAACCCAGUAGUGUGCUUUCCAUGCCACUGGAGAGGUGAACAAUUCGAUGGCUGGCAGAUAUUUACAGCAUUCCCCAGCCCUGGAAACAUGUAUGUUUUAUAGGUGAAAAUGUGGAGCCAGGAACAGGUUUAUUAAAUCUACCUGUUGUUGUAAUUAACAUGGUUUGCAUGGCAAAGAAGUUUCCCGUUCAGUUCUAGUCAGCAUCUCUUUCCUUGAGGGCCUAUUUUAUGGUCUUACUAAUUUAUGGGGCUGUAAAUGAAUAACUGUUCCAGUUCCA